AUGGAGGAGGCAACUGAACAGUUAAAGAAGUCAAAGAGUAAGAACGUCCUGAAGAAAGUUGCCGCAAAAGUGGACGGCAUGUGGAAAGAGCCUGAUUUGCUCGUAUUGCACAUCGGCGAAAAUUUAUACGAACAGCUCAUCUACCACUUGAAUUUGCUCUCAGGGGUGAAGAAAGAAGGCGAAAAGAGACCACUACCGCCCAUGGCGCCGUGGAAAAAGUUCCAGAUGUUCUUGCGAAGGGUCAUUCAGAAUCCCGUCUUUGAGUGGGCAGUCAUGCUCGUCAUCCUUGCCGCAGGUAUUAUUGCUGGUGUGACCGCGAGCGCUUCGUCCACGAAAACGAGUGGGUGGGAAAAAGACUCUGAGUUGGCUUUCAUGAUCGUGUUCUCGAUUGAACUCGGGAUCAAAUUCUUCUCGUUUCUCGACAGGGAACUUUCAUUUUUUUUCGGCGCGGAAAAGUGGUGGAACUUAUUCGACUUGGCGGUUGUUGUCAUCGGUUUCAUUCCGAGCUCAUCUCCUGGCGCUGCUGUAGCGGUUCGACUCUGUCGACUCAUGAGAAUCAUGCGCCUGGUGCGCAUGAUAAAACCGCUUCAGAUCGUCAUUCUGUCGCUCAUCGCAGGCGUCAACUCGAUCAUAUACGUUGCAUUGUUCAUGAUUAUCAUGUUCUUCGUAUACGCAGUCGCGGCUGUGCAAGUAUUCAGAAGGAACGAUCCGUUCCACUUCGGAAAACUCUCGAGCGGAGUCGUCACUCUUUUCACGGUUUCCUUCCUCGAGGACUGGCGCCCCGUGUUCGACAUCAACUACAACGGCUGCGACAUAAAUUUGUACGGUGACGUGGAUGAUGCGCGAUAUUACUCCUCGGUCAUCGGUAUGGAGUGGUCGCAAAAUAUUUCCUCCACGAUUUGUCCCAACCCGCAAAGGCAAAGAGUUUUCGCUGUGAUAUUCUUCUUCUCGUACAUCCUCGUCUCAGGCAUGGUGCUCGUCUCCGCGUUUGUCGGUAUCAUCGUGACAAGCAUGCAGUCUGCGAGCGAAACGGUCGCGAAAAAGCUGGAGAUACAGCAACGCAUAGAUAAAAUCGCGCAUUAUUUUCAACUUUCGCACGAAGCGGUGAAGAACACGGGAGAUGUCUACACGCUUUUAGACUCGGGAUUCCAGGGCGCGAUCACGGAGGGGCUGUUGCUGCAAAAAAUGGAGAUACUGGACAUUCCGACCAACGAGGAGUUUCUCAAGCGCACAUUUGCCACCGUAAACGGGAUCACGGACACCCCUUUCGACGAGGCCGAUUUCUUACUCUUGACUGCCCUGGCGGAGCGCGCGCGGAAGACGCAAACAAAGAUGGCGCAGGACGACGACGACGACGAAGAAGAAGAAGGCCUCUACGACGACGAAGGUACCUUCGUCGCGUCGAAGAACCUGAAAGACUUGAUCGAGUCUCACAGGAACAUAGGUAAGCAAGGAAAACGAGCCAUGUUCAAGAGAGCUCCGAAGGACAAAGUCUAG